UCCAGAAGCUCGCAGACAGCAUCCAAGAUGAAGCUCCUCUCCACUGCCCUCCUCUUCGCCGCCGUUAUCGGCCAGGCUUCUGCUCACUACCGCUUCCUCAAGCUGAUUGCCAACGGCGCCACCGGCGCCGAAUACGCCAGCAUCCGCACCAACACCAACGCCAACUCGCCCGUGACCGACGUGACCAGCGAAGACCUCCGCUGCAACGUGGGGGCUCUGGCGAGUGCUUCGAGCACCACGACGACCUCGGUGACCGCGGGCAGCACCAUCGGCUUCGAAGCUGACAUUGCCGUGUUCCACCCAGGAGUCUUCAACAUCUACAUGGCGAAGGCGCCCAGCACCGCCGCGGCGUUCGACGGCAGCGGCUCAGUGUGGUUCAAGGUCUGGGAGGAGGGCCCAGCUAGCAUCACUACCUCUGCCAUCACCUUCGAUACUACUUCCACGCAGUUUAAGUUCACCGUGCCGAAGACACUGCCAGAUGGAGAGUACCUCGUCAGGAUCGAACACAUUGCCCUGCAUAGUGCGAGCACUUUCGGGGGCGCUCAGUUCUAUAUCUCCUGUGCGCAGAUCAAGGUCACGGGCGGUGGCUCAGGCAGCCCAAGUCCCAAGGUCGCGAUUCCAGGUGUAUACACCGGCAACGAGCCCGGCAUUCUGCUCAGCAUCUGGUGGCCCAUUCCUACCACCUACACCCAACCCGGCCCGGCAGUUUGGUCUGGUUAG